AUGGCAACUGAUGAUCGCACACGUCUCAACUUCGUCCUGCAGCUGGAAAGACGAUAUGCAUUCUACGUCAUGAAUGUUAUCGUUCCAGUUCUACUGACAUCACUCUUGACACCGAUGGUUUUCAAGCUGCCAUCGGAGUCUGGAGAACGUGUAUCCUUCAUGCUGACGGUUGUUCUUGCUCUGGAGGUCCUGUUGACUGUUGUGUCUGCCCACAUGCCAGCAACAUCACUCCAUAUAUCAGUCAUAGCUUUGCUCGGAGAUUUUCGUAAGACCAACUUGUUCUUUUCAUCUAAACCCAAGCUGAUCUUCUGCUGCCUAUUUUCCUGGCAUCUUCUGUUAAUGCCUGGUUGCUUUGCCCCUCGGUGCUCGAUUGCCGGUAUCCUUCGUCUUCAGGUGGUUGCCAACUAUCUUCGGAUGUUUCGACCCUGA